AUGAACUCCACCAUCCCCACCGUCGACAUCGCCCCCUGGCUAAACCCGGACUCCUCCGAGUCCGCCCGCCAGCACGUCGUCGCCGCCAUGCGUGACGCCUGCACCACCUACGGCUUCUUCAAUCUCGUCGGCCACGGCGUCGCCCCCGCUCAGCGCCAGGAGAUCCUCGACUGCGCCAAGCUCUUCUUCACCCUGCCCGAAGACGAGAAGAUGAAGGUCUGGAUCGGCAACUCCGUGGGUCGCUCGUUCCGGGGGUACGAGCCCCCCGGCAUCCAGACGCACCAGGAGGGGUUGUUGCCGGACACCAAGGAGUGCUUCAUCAUCGGCCACGAAGUCCCCGCCACCGACCCAGAAAGCGGCACCUUCUCCACCGGCCCCAACCUCUGGCCCGCCGCUCUCCCACCCCAAACAUUCCAGGAUCCCAUCCUGCGAUACCAAGCCACAAUGGUGACCCUCGUGCAGACCCUCCUCCGCAUCCUGGCGCGCGGGAUACCCGCCGAAUGGCACUGCGCCCCGGACGCACUGGACGCAUUAGCUCAAAACCGGCCGUCGAUUCCCAUGCGGCUGCUGCAUUAUGCGCCGCAGGCUGUGCAGUCCGACCGGCAGUUCGGAGGUACUGUACACCCCUCACCCCACCACUCCAAUCUAAAUCCUAGAAUAUAA